AUGUCUCGCACAUUGCGUGGGCUCUGGCUUCUUGCUGGUGCCUUUGUCUCGCUACUCCCAUCCGCCCACGGUUUCUACCUACCAGGUGCCGCACCACACGACUAUCUCAAGGAUGAGAAGGUCAACAUCUUUGUGAACGCGCUGACGCCUAUGAUUGCGGGCGAUGACCAUGCGAAAUUGAAAUCUCUCAUAAAUUAUGACUAUUAUAACGAGGGUUUUAACUUCUGCAAGCCAGAGGGUGGACCGAAGAAGGAGCCUGAGAGCCUUGGAUCCAUCCUGUUUGGAGACCGCAUAUUCAACUCUCCUUACGAGGUCUCCAUGCUGCAAGACAAUUCCACUUGCAAAGCCCUCUGUACACAGACAGUGACCCCCACGGAGGCUAAAUUCAUCAACGAACGCAUACGGGAAGACUACGCCAUCAACUGGCUCGUAGAUGGUCUUCCCGCCGCAGAGAUGAAAGAAGACAAGAAGACCGGCGAGGUCUUUUUUGACAUGGGUUUCAAUCUUGGCAACGACGAGGGGGUGUUUGAGUACAUGCCGGCUCUGUACAACCACUAUGACAUAGUGCUGAGAUAUCACAAGCCGGCGCCGGAUUCAGAAGUGUAUCGCGUCGUCGGCGUUCUUGUCUGGCCUAUGAGCCGUGGUGGCCCACAAGCGAUACCAGGGUCAGGACAGGUGCAAUGCAGUGAAACCGAAACUUCCCUUGUUCUUAGCGAGACCGAGAACAACACGGUCACUUACACAUAUAGGGUAAUGUGGCAGGAAUCGGAGACUCCAUGGGCAACUCGAUGGGACAACUAUCUGCACAUAUUCGAUCCUCGCAUUCACUGGUUCAGCCUCAUCAACUCCAUAAUUGUGGUAGUCUUCCUGUGCCUAAUGGUGUCCAUGAUUCUAGUGCGCACUGUGUCCAGAGAUAUCUCGCGCUAUAACGCGAUAGACUUGAGCGAAGACGUCCAAGAAGAUUGGGGGUGGAAGCUCGUACACGGUGAAGUGUUUCGCAUGCCGGGCAAUCCCAUGGCGCUGUCCGUCAUUGUGGGCAACGGUGCGCAGCUCUGUGCCAUGGUCGGCGUUACCCUUGUCUUUGCGCUUCUCGGCUUCUUGUCGCCGUCAAACCGCGGGUCUCUUGCCACGGUAAUGGUGGUAUGCUGGACUUUCUUCGGCGGCAUCGCGGGUUACAUCUCGUCCCGGGUUUACGCGUCUCUUGGUGGAACGAACAAGCGCAGGAACUCGUUCUUCACUGCCACCAUCAUGCCAACCUUUGUGUUCGCAGUCGUCUUCCUGCUCAACCUAUUCCUGAUCGCGGCCGGCUCCUCAGGCGCCGUUCCGUUUGGCAAGACUCCUUGGAUAGGCACAAUGUUGCUAAUCGUGGUCCUUUGGUUUGGUAUCUCCGCACCCUUGUCCGCUGUGGGCUCGUACUAUGGUUCGAAACAUGGUGCUGUCACACAUCCAGUUCGUGUCAACCAGAUUCCCCGGCAGAUUCCUCCCCAACCCAAAUAUCUCCGUCCUUGGGCUGCUACGAUUCUCGCGGGCAUUUUGCCGUUCGGUGCGGCCUUCAUUGAGCUCUAUUUCGUGCUCUCCAGCCUGUUCGCCUCUCGCGCCUACUACGCCUUCGGCUUCCUGGCACUCACCGCGGGCGUUGUCGCGCUGACGACGGCCACGGUCACCAUCCUGUUCACUUACUUCAUCCUCUGCGCUGAGGACUAUCGAUGGCACUGGCGCGCGUUCCUCACCGGUGGCGGCAGCGCAUUCUGGCUGCUCGCGUACGGCAUAGUCUACUGGGCGAUGCGCCUCAACCUGCACUCGGUCACGAGCGCAGUCCUCUAUAUCGGCUAUCUCCUCCUUCUCGCACUCUUCGACUUCCUCAUCACCGGGACCAUCGGCUUCCUCGCAACAUACUGGGCGGUCCGACGGCUAUACGGCGCCAUUCGUGUGGACUGA